AUGGAGCCCAGAGCUUGUACUGGGGGGGCAGGCACCAGGGCCCUUGGGGAGUUCGGGGGGAGCCCAGAGGCUGGGGGGCUCUUUGGGAGUCCGUGUCCCCCAUGUGACCCCAUCUCCCCCCCAGGGAUCUACCACUGCUGGCGGGAAUACAGCACCUUGCGCGCGGCUGGCGCCACCAUCAGCAACGUCGGCUUCACCACCAACCUCAGCGUCUACUCCAACGUGCAGGAGACGUGGCUGGCGGCCCUGAUAAUCCUGGCCGUGGUGGAAGGCAUCCUCCUCCUCCUCCUCAUCUUCCUCCGCAAACGCAUCCUCAUCGCCAUUGCGCUUAUCCAGGAGUCCAGCCGAGCCAUCGGCUACAUGAUGUCCACCCUGUUCUACCCGCUCGUCACUUUCCUCCUGCUGCUCAUCUGCGUGGCCUAUUGGGCCAUGACGGCUCUCCAGAUCGGGUCCAGCGCCCCCUAG